GGAGGAGCCGCCAUGCACCCCGGGCCGCCGUGCGCCCGGCCACUCCGCACCGCGCUCCGCCUGUGGCUGGGCUGCGUCUGCUUCGCGCUGGUGCAGGCGGACAGUCCCUCUGCCCCAGUGAAUGUAACCGUCAGGCACCUCAAGGCUAACUCUGCAGUGGUCAGCUGGGAUGUCCUAGAAGACGAGGUUGUCAUUGGAUUUGCCAUCUCUCAGCAGAAGAAGGAUGUACGGAUGCUGCGCUUCAUCCAGGAGGUGAACACCACCACACGCUCGUGCGCCCUCUGGGACCUGGAAGAGGACACGGAGUACAUUGUGCACGUACAGGCCAUCUCCAUUCAGGGCCAGAGCCCUGCUAGUGAGCCGGUGCUCUUCAAGACCCCACGAGAGGCUGAGAAAAUGGCCUCCAAGAACAAAGAGGAGGUGACCAUGAAGGAGAUGGGGAGGAAUGAACAGCUACGGGCGGGCGAGGUGCUGAUCAUCGUUGUGGUUCUUUUCAUGUGGGCAGGUGUCAUUGCCCUCUUCUGCCGUCAGUAUGACAUCAUCAAGGACAAUGAACCCAAUAACAACAAGGAAAAAACCAAGAGUGCAUCAGAAACCAGCACACCAGAGCACCAGGGCGGAGGUCUCCUCCGCAGCAAGGUGAGGAGCAAGGCUUGGGCUACUGGGUGUCUCUGUGCCUUGGACACUGGUAGUCCCUGGACUGCAGAAGGGGUCAGCUCAGGGCCUGGCAUGAUUGCAGCUAGGCAGAGCCAAGCUUGGCUGCUGCUGGUGUGACACGGGACAUUGAAAAUUGAUUUUGGAUCCUCUCCUUUUACAUUGUGCCAAGGGAUAGUGGUAUGAUGGGACCGCCAGAGUAGGGGAUGCUCAGCUCAUUUCUGCUCCUCCUGUGCUGUUUGUCUCGGGCAGGAGUUCACCUCUGUACUUUCAUUUCCCCUUCUGCAAAACAGAUAUGAAACCUUUUCAGUGCUUCCUCUGAGCAGCUCAGAAGAAAGUAGAGAAUGCGAGAGGAUCUCAUGGCUCUGAUGAUGAUUAUCCAACAAACAUCUGGCUUCUCUGCAUCUCCUGCUCUCCUCCAUCUUCUUGUAUUCUCUGGCUUACUGUCUUCUCUUUCUGGCACCUUUUCCUGAAGCCUGUUAUUAGCCCCAUCUACAGAAGCACCUCAGAAAUGCCAGUGGCUGAGGCUGUGCACAGAUUCAUAUCUGCAGGAGGAGAGAGAACCAGCCAGUGGACGACUCUGCUGGGGGUAGACUGGGUAUCAGGGCUCUGAGUCCAGGACUUAGUCUUGGCUAUUCAGCUGUGCAAGGCCAAAGGCUGGGUGUGAAAAGGCAGAGACAAAAUCUCUAGACAGGACUACUCUUUCUUUCCAUGAGGGACAAGAGGUUGAUUUUUAGAAUGCAGCCUUGCUGUUCCCUUCUUCCUUCUACCCUCUGUUUCUCACCUUGCAAGAAGUCUAUUCAACUAGCUCUGGCCACUUCUCUCAUGUUUGUCCUCUCAGUUUCCAAACAAGCCAUCAGUGAACAUCAUUGAAGCAUGACUGCCUGUCUUCAGAGAGAAGGAUUUUGUUUUUCUUCUCUGCUGGUCUCCAGGUACUGGGUACAGGGAGAAGGCCACUGCAGCAGGGAAAGCACAAGCUGCAGUUUUCCCUCUUCUCCCAUAGUCUGAUGAAAGAGGCUGAUCUACAAACUCAAACCUGCAAAAAAAUAAGCCACAAAACUAAAAGGCCUGGCCCCAUUGUCAAAAAGGAAAAGCUGCAUGAGACAUGGCCUUCUGCCCCCUUGCUUCUCUUGGACUGGCUUCUUCUCUGAGAAAAUGUAUUGCUCUGGGAAAUGAAAGAACCAAGACUAACAAACUGUCUUUCAGGCCAAGGAGGACUGGGGGAGCCGAAGGGCUGCUGUGUUACGGUCAUGGCUUCAUCAAGUCUCUUCUGGAUCCAGCCAUCAAGGAC